AAUCAUUCAUUGCACCGUUCAUCGUCGGGGACCGCGGCCGUGCACACACGUCGUUCCACGCCGAACGAACGCCACACGCGCACAUCAUAUUAUCAAAAUAUUGUUUACCUACAUCACCGCGACACUGCACACCGUUCGCCUGUCCACCACGAUGGUCAAGUACGCAGCAGCGUUAGUGUUGGCGGUCACCGUCACCGCGGCUCUUGCGGCCGAACAGACAGUGCUGUCCACUGAACAGCCACAGCAGAACGGCGCCGACGGCGACGUGUCCUGGACCGAAGUGAUCGCGUGCUACAAGAAGCCGCAAGCGGCCAUCGGAUGCCUGGAAUCGCGCAUGAGCCGCGCCAUGAAGUCGAUGCGCGACACGGCCGUCGGACUGGCCCACAGCGACCCGGAAACCGCGGCCGAGGACGUAGCUGGCGUCGGCAAUCUGGUCCAACAGAUCGGCGAUUUCAUCACGUACGGCAUUUCCAGUUACUUCCAUGGCGGUGACGGCGGCGGCGGUGGUGACGUUGAUGAAACUUCAGCGCCUUCCACCGGCGGGUCACCUGUCAACGCGCCGAACGACCUCGACGAAGGCAGAGGACAUCAUAAGAAAAAGAAGAUCCAAAAGGAAAUCAAGAAAUUCGUGUUGAAGGUGUUGUUUGGUAUCUAUCUGUUCAAACAAAAGAUCAAGAUGAUCAUCAUGACAAUCCAAUCGAUAUUGAUGAGCAAGUUCUUGAUCAUCGCAAUGAUCUACGCCAUUUCCAACACUUUCAAGAUUUGGUACGAUAUCAAGUGGAGUAAGCAAGGUCACCACGACAAAGUUGUGUACUACGAGAAUGCUCACCACCAACACCACUAUGAGCCACCAGAGCACGGAGAGUAUGAUGACCAUCACGACCAUCACGGUUGGGGAAGUAACAUUUGGGGUAGGAGUAUUGUGGCCACCGAGCCUUCUGUGAUGGAAUCAUCCAACGGUGGUUCACCUGGUUCUCAAGAUGGCAUUAGCCGUUAUAUCAGACGAGUGUCCAGGACAGCACAACCCCAGGCUGCAGCACAAUCUAUGGCCUAUGGAGGUCAAAUUCCAAGUCAAUGAACACCCACGCUUUCUAAUAUAUCUUCACCCUAACCAAAACUAUAGAAAAUAUUAGGAUUUUUUUAAAUUUUUUAUGUCUCUAUUUUUCCAACUAUUACAUUAUUUGUGAACUUGAAAGAGUGACGAGUGUAAUACAAUUUACAAUUUAAUAUGUAUUCGUCCGAAGCUAAUUAUUCAAAUGAGCCGAUCACGGGAAUCGGCAAUUUCAUAGACAAACUCUAUCGUCUGAUUAUAUACAAAUCAAAAGACGUCAUGAGAAAACAUUCUUAUUCUGUGGAAAGUAGUUUUCCUGUAAUUCCUAAACUAGGCCAUAAUAUAAUUAUCAUUAACUCAUAAMAUAUGCACUCCUUAUAUUUACUAUAUAUUAUACUUUUAUUUAAUUAGGAUCAUAAUCGUCCUUAAUAAAAUAAAUUUAGUAUUAUAUAUAGUUUGACAACUCAUUAGUCUGGUCAGUUAGAUUAUAUUUAAUAAUUAAUUUGAAACUAUUAUAGUGUUUAGUGUAAAAGACUUCUGUUUGUUUACUUAAUUUAAACUAAUAUAUUUCACUUAAAUUAAUGUUUAGAAAAAAAGUUAGUUUGUCGUUUAUAUGAUAAUCAUGAAUGUCACAAAUAUAACAAGCAUGGCACAAACGGAAUAAAAC